AUGGCGGACACCGAGCUAGCCCAGAGCCUGGAGCAGCAGGAGACAGUACCGGUCCCCAGAAAGACCACACAGUGGUGGCGGCGCGUCCUUGGUCUUGUCUGGGACUCUGUUGAAGGCGAUGCAAGAAACAGGAGAUAUGUUCAAAAGCUUGACAGCUUCCUGUUCUCUUAUAUUUGUCUUGGGUACUUCAUCAAGUAUCUGGACCAGCAGAAUUAUAGCAAUGCCUUCGUUAGCGGGAUGAAAGAAGAUCUUCAUCUAUACGGCAACCAGCGCAAUUGGCUCGGGACCUGGUUCAAUCUCGGCAUUAUUAUCGGUACUGUACCUUCGCAGAUGAUUCAACUCAAGUACAUCCGCCCGUCGUAUUGGAUUCCUGCUUGCGAGCUUACAUGGUCGGUGCUGGUGAUGGCGAUGGCAGGGGCAAAAAACGUUGAAACACUAUAUGCUUUACGAUUCUUUGUUGGCCUCUUCGAGGCUUGUUCGUUCCCUGCUUAUGCGGCUCUGCUCGGCGGCUGGUACGGACCCAACGAACUUACCAAGAGAGUUGCCAUCUUCGAGCAGACUAGCUCCAUUGCGAGCAUGUUCAGCGGAUAUCUUCAGGCGGCGCUCUACAAAGGCAUGAACGGCAAGGGUGGGCUCGCUGGGUGGAGGUGGCUAUUUAUCAUGGAUGGUGUUAUCUCUAUACCCAUUGCUGUUUGGGGUGUCUUUGCGAUUCCCGAUCUUCCACACACGACAAAGGCAUUUUAUUGGACUGGAGAUGACAAAGCUUAUGGGGUGCAACGCAUUGAGAAAAUCGGUCGGGGGCCUCCCCGGCCCCUGACAUGGAGAGUCAUAAAACGUGUUUUCCUUAAUUGGCGACUCUGGGCAUUCAUCGCCCCGUACACGUUUGUAGCCGAAUCAAGCACUGGUACAAACUAUUUCAACCUCUGGCUCAAGUCAUCCGGAUGGUCAGUCGUCCAAACCAACUUGCUCCCUACAGCAGGCAGUGCCGUCAGUGUGGUUGCGGCCUUUAUCUUUGGCAUCAUUGCCGAUCGCACAGGGCAACGGCUGUCCAUGACUAUUGUGAUUCAGCUCUUGAUGUUUGUCUCUAACGUGCUUCUGUCUGUCUGGCACAUACCUAAGGGAGCUUUGAUGUUUGCCAAUUAUCUCGCAUUUGUGGGAGCUGCGGCUCAGCCUAUCAUAAUUGCUUGGGGCCAUGAACUGAACGGCGCCGACCCAAAUUUGCGGCAGCUUUUGGUCGCCACCGGAAAUAUGUUCACGUAUACAUUCUCGACGUUUCUUCCGUUAUACGUCUUUCCGACCUAUGACGCCCCUCAUUACAAGUACGGUUAUCAAAUCCUUAUUCUCUUUGGUGUUCUUGCGAUUGCCAGCGCUUUGGUACUGGAGUGGCAAGAGAGACACGAAAGGCCCAAGAGUCGACAUCUUCUGGGCACCGUCGAUGAGGUGGCCGAAGAGAGUAGACCCGAAACUGGCGUUGACCUGGGCGGCACGUCCAAGGAUAUCAAGCUUGGAGCAGAAGGUGUCGUAUUAGCAAGCGACAAAGUGUGA